CUGAACUACGAAACCUAAAGCAAAAGACAUGAGCGACCGGUUGCGGGAAAGGUGGAUCCCGGAAUUAAGAUAAUGACACCACAUGCAACAUCACUAUCGCAAUAUAUCAAGACAUUUCUCCAGCCCCCAAGGAAAGGCUCACGCCCAAAAGCUGUUCAAAAGUUGACAGGCCGACUCAGGGGUUACCGGUUUCGCAGGGCCAGGUCGGACCCGACGCGCAUGGGUUUAAGCGGAAAUUUGCUUUAGUUCUAGUCUAAACCCCGUUUGCACCUACCUGACCGCCCUCGAGGAAUUCAUCCGAUAGGUCCUCCUAUUAACGUCAAAACAUAGUCUCCACGCUUGUGGGAGCCUCGGUAGAAGGGAGAUGAAAGAUUUCGUUAAGAAUCUUGAGAUGUAUUGCGAACGCGUUUUCGGGUAGACUUUUUUUUUUCUUCUUUUCUCAAUAUUUGAACUGAAACCGGUUUACCCGACUUUCUUCAUCUUCUCUUUUGCAUAAACAACUGUAGCAGCUUCACUCUAUCGCGACCAAAAGAUUUGUGUCUUCACCCAAAAAGGAGAAACGAAAAAAAAAAAAAAAAAAAAAAAAAAAACAAUACGUACCUGAAAAUCGGCAAAAUGUUUGGUUUCUUUGAGACCAAGUUCAAUCCCACCAAGGACAUUCCGGACCUCUCCGGCAAAGUCAUUCUCGUCACCGGUGGCAAUAUUGGCCUCGGGCAAUCCUCCGUCCUCGAGCUGGCCAGGCACAACCCAAAGCACAUAUUCCUCGCGGCACGCAAUGAGGAAAAGGCCCGCAAGGCGAUUGAAAGCGUCUCCUGGGAGCUCGGGACCGAUAAGGCGUCAGUGGUGUCGUUCCUGCCGCUUGACCUAAGCUCCUUCGACAGCAUUCGCAAGGCGGCCGAGACGGUCAACUCGAAAACGGACGAGCUUCACAUCCUGCUCAAUAACGCGGGAAUAAUGAUGACGCCCGCCACCACGACCAAGGAGGGUUACGAAGAGCAAUUCGGCACUAACCACAUGGGCCACGCGCUUCUUACCCGCCUGCUGCUUCCGGUGCUGGAAAAGACGGCCCAGGGCGGUAAGGUUGACGUGCGUAUCGUCAAUCUUUCGUCGGCCGGCGAAGGCCUGGCGCCAACCAAUGCUUUUGAUGAUUUGUCGCGGUACAAAUCUCCCAUGGAGGACGUGGCUUCGCACACUCGUUAUGGCGUCUCCAAAUUGGCCAACAUCUAUCAUGCGCAAAUGCUUGCGCGUAAAUAUCCCAGCAUUAAGGCCGUAUCUGUACACCCGGGAGUUGUCAACACCAACUUGACACGAGGUCUUAAGGAAACCUACCCAUGGAUUGUACCAUAUGUUGCGCCGAUUGCCGGCGCCCUGUUUUUUAAGACUCCAGCGGAGGGUGCCAAAAAUCAGCUGUGGGCAUCCACAAACGAGAAAGUCAUAAGUGGCGAGUUCUAUUGGCCAGUCGGCCUUCUGGGCAAGGGCUCAGAAAAGUCAAAAGACACGGAAGCGGCCGAGAAACUGUGGGAUUGGACUGAGAAGGAGCUGGAUGCGUAUUUGAAGCAGUGAGGUCGUCUGAAGGGAGAGGAUUUGAAUUUGAUAAUGUUGAGUUCUGUCGCUUUUGUCUGAUACUUGCGUCGCUCGAGGCUAUGACCAUAGGAAAUGAGUUGAACCAGAGUUUUUUUUUUCUUCUCUUUUUUUCGAUCAUCAUCCUCGCCAAGGAGUUCGUAAAAGAUGUCAAGAAAGUCGCGAAACGUUGCUCUCGAGCAGAUGCUUUUCCCAAUAGCUCGGGUUAUGGCGGGAUUCCCAAACCGCCAACAGAGAUUCCUCAGAAACUGUACCUAACCUGACGAAUGACCCCUUAUCGGGAAUGAGGAUGCCGUCUUUCAUGACAGUGAUGG